AUGGCAGAGCCGCCGAACGAGGGGGAGAACCAGAAGCUGCGGUUUGGGCCCUGGCUGUUGAGCGCCGUCAGCAGCGGGAACUACCGGGGACUGUGCUGGAUCGACCCGAACCACAGGAUCUUCCGCGUCCCCUGGAAGCACAACGCCAGGAAAGAUGUCACCAGCAGCGACCUGGAGGUCUUCAAGGCCUGGGCAAAGGCGAGUGGGCGAUAUGAGGGGUGCCCUGAGGACCCAGCUAAGUGGAAGACCAACUUCCGCUGUGCCCUGAGGAGCACCCGCAUGUUCAUGCUGCUGGAGGACUGCUCCAAGUAUGGUGAUGAUCCACACAAGGUCUUCGCCAUUGCCCCAGGUGAGCCUCACCCCAUGGGAGGGGCUGUUUUGGGGGGUGGGACAGACACCCUCUGGCAUGGCAAAGAGGGAGAUUAUGACAGCUGUGACCCUGCAGUGGACCAGCAGCAGCCGCAGCUGGAGCUCACUCCCCAAGACAUAGCCCCAGAAAUUGCCCACCCAGGUAGUACCGAAGCCGCACAGCUCACAGUGAUGGAGGACCUGCAGUGGGUGCUGCAGCAGUGCAACAUCUCCCCCCGUGAUGCUGGCCCCCCAACCCCAUCCUGGCUACCUGCAGUGGACACCUCCCACCAGGACAACCUACUUCAGCCUCACCCAGAUCCCAGCCAAAACAACUGCCUUCUGCCGCCGGCAUGUCAGCAGUGGGUGCCCGUGGUGCAGCAGCCCCCCUUGGGCACCUACAGCCCCUCAGACUCCGUGCUGCUGGAGGGCCACGGGCCCAUGCCACUGCCAUGCCACCUGCCGGAGGUCACGGUUCCUGUGCCAUCCCCAGGGGAGGCAAUGCUCUUUGCCCCCACUGCCAACCCUGUGCCGCCACCACCACCACCGCCACCAGAGGAUAACACAGGUGGCAUCAUCACCAUCCUGGACAUCAGCAUCUACUACCGGGGGAAGCUCUGCCACCAGGAGGAGGUGGGGGGCAGCCAGUGCCUGCUGGUGUACCAGCCCUCCGACCCAGCGGUGGCCCUGCGCCCCGGGCGCCUGGUGCAAUUCCCCAGCCCCGCCGAGCUGGCCGAUAGCAAGCAGCGGCUUUUCACCGAGAAGCUGCUGGGCGGCGUGGGGCUGCAGCUGGAGCAACGUGCCAGCAAGCUCUUCGCCACCCGCCUGAAGAAGUGCAAGGUCUUCUGGGCCCUGUCCCAGCAGCUUGAGGGCGUCGAGGACCCCCCACCCAACAUGCUCUGCCGGGACCAGGAAACCCCCAUCUUUGACUUCAAUGAGUUUUGCACAGAGCUGAGGGACUUCCGCAACGGCCGAAGGCAACGAUCCCCUGACUUCACCAUCUACCUCUGCUUCGGGCAGUUCUUCUCCAAAGACAAGCCCAAGGAGUCCAAGCUCAUCCUGGUCAAGCUGGUGCCCAAGUUCUGCGAGUACUGGUAUGAACAGGUGCUGCGGGAAGGAGCCUCCUCCCUCGACAGCGGCACCGUCAGCCUGCCUUGCUAA